UUUACUUCCAUCAGGGUUGUUGACAGUAUGCCGGGAGAAAGCACCACCCUCCCCGGCCAUUAUGAACAAGAGGGGGGGCGUGGGUGGCUAGACGGCUGCUAAGAGGCUGACGGCUAUCUGAGGCGAGCGAGUGCCUUGACAGAGUGCCAGCUACGGAUACACGGGUCCGGGGUUUGUAGUUAGAUAGAGACCAGGCACGAGAGACAAUAAGGACGAACAAGGCCAAGGAUGGCAAAGAGAGAAAGGUGAGAGAGAGUCGGUCCAAGGUCGUGGUGGUCGUGCGCCGUAUCUGUAGUUCAUUACCUUUACUCUCUCUAUCUCUCUCUCUCUCUCUCUCUCUCUCUCUUUCUGCCUUCAACCUCUCCCCUUCCCCCCUCUACAUCCUCCCACGAAACCUUUCUUCUUCCAUGAGAAACUACCUCUACUCUCAACACUCGCGUGCCCUCUCUCACCCUCGAGUCCCAGUUCAGGUCUGAACCUGGCCCAGCGAAUCGGAUUUGCAUCCCUUCUGGUAGACACCUCGCAUCCAACCGGGGGCGCUUCUGCAUCUGUCGCCAAGCCCAGAACAGCUCUGGUGCUGCUACACCGACCGUCGUCUUUUGCCCGCGGGCACAGCCUCAAAAAACAGAAACGUCAACCGAAUUUGUCCCUCAGCGGUAGAGCCUCGAGAAUUUCCCUCACACUUCGGCUUCCCGUUCUCAAUCUAGCUCCCGUCCGGUUGGGGAAUCUCUGUUCGUGUUAAUCGCUCAGAGCCACGCUCAUACCUUCCGUCGUCUUCCCCUCGUAUUAUUAUUCUCUCUCACUCACAACUCACACGCACAAACGCACAUCGCACACAAUGCCGCGUCCAACAUUAUUACCCACGCCCGCGUCCUCUACGGACAUAAAGGGCCAAGACGGUUCCAAGGAUCUCGCCUCCCUACAGCUGUCUUUUGAACUGCCACCGCCAGCAAUCGUCCAAGACGCCUCAAGGGUCUCCCCAAAAGACACGAGGAGGACGCCGCCCAGCACCAGCACCAACACCAACAGCUUCCAGCCCAUCUCGCCCCCUCACGUCAACGCGAACAAGCCGUACCCGGUCCAGCCCAGUGAGACUGUAAAGUCUCGCCGGCGCUCUUCGGCGGCCCAAAAGACGGCUGCUGCUGCUGCUUCCAACGAGAGCUUCGCGCUGCCGCCGCCGCCAACUAGGUCACGCAAGAUUAUCCAGAUGAAGCCGCGCGCUCAACAGCAGAACGAGGCCGAGGCCGAGGCCAAGGCCAAGGAUAAGGAUGCCCCGUCGGCAGCUGCCGGUGCCAAGUCCGGGGCUGCGGGUCCGGGUAAGGCCGGCUCGGCGGCGGCAGCGGCGAACGGGUCCUCUUCCACCUCUACAACACAGGGCAAGAAGAAGGCGCCGUCAGCGACAAGCGCAGCGGGACGCAAGAUUGCGAGGAAGACGGCGCACAGCUUGAUUGAGCGGCGCCGGAGAUCGAAAAUGAAUGAGGAGUUUGCCGUGCUCAAGGGCAUGAUUCCGGCUUGCACCGGGGAAAUGCACAAGCUGGCAAUCUUACAGGCUUCAAUCGAAUACGUGAGGUACCUCGAAGACUGCGUCUCCAAGCUCAAAGCCCAGCGCGACGCCUCCGAGGCCCGUUCGCCCACCGAGUCCGGCCUGCAGACGCCUUCCGGCGGGGGCAGCCGCGCCGAGCCGUGGGGCCAGAUCCCGCAAUUCGUGCCGCGAUACCAAGACGACCCGGACGAUGUGGAGAUGACCGACUCCGAGGCUCCGUCGCCCACUUUUCCGCCUAUGCAGCAGCAACAGCAGCAGCAAUACCCGCAACAACAACAGCAACAGCAACUUCCUCACACACGCUCUCAGCAGCCGUCCGUAUCACCCGCCCUCUUACCGCAGGACUCGAGACACCGCCACGACUCCUACUCAUCCGUCUCGACGGACCACCCGCGCCAUAACAGCUACAGCUACAGCACGUCGACGACGACGUCACCCGCGUUUGGGCCGCAGACGUACGGCGGCGGAUAUGGGAGCCUCUCGGCGCUGACGAGCCCCGCGCUGGCGCCGCAGCGGGAUCGCGAUCUGGACCACGAGGCGACGGCUGCGUUGUUGAUGCUGAAUAGCGAUCGGAGGGGCACGGUUGGGGAAGCGAGUGGCGGGGGUGGUGGUGCUGGUGGUAUUGUGAACCCGACGAGAGGUGCCGGGCGGGGGAUGUCGGUUCGGGAUCUGCUCAGUACUUGAGGGAAACCCAUUUAUUACCGAACGAGAGAGGAAGAUGGCUGAAAAGGUAAUGCUAGCCAUCAACAACUACUGGGAGAGAAGCCCUGCAGGAUCUGACGCCUCGACUUCAGGCAGUGUGAGAUUUGCGAAAUGCGGUCUGGGGCCCUCCUAUGCUACGUUGGUCGAGAAGCCAUCGCAUGAAUGCGGAGAAAAGAGAAUGGGAUGAAGAGGUUCUAGAAUCCUCAACAACAUAGGAUUCACAGUCAAAGCUCUACAGGGGGGCUGAAAUUCUCUGUCUCAAAUGCGAGAAGAGGAAAGGCACGACUUUUUUUUCACAGUUGCAGAAACAUGAAUGGAGUUGCGGCGGUUUUGGGCGCGGCGUAUAGGGAACGACACUGCAUUGAUCACGGAUGAAUAUAUCUAGAAAGGGAUUAAUAGAACAAACUGGUCGGACAACCAACCUAAGUCUUCCGCAUCUAUGAAUGAUCCUCCCCGCGUUUUGACGAGUUUGACGGGGAUUCUG